AACCGUGGAUACAAAAACACUUGGACCCUGCAAAAGGUUGUGUUUAGAAUUUAGAUCCAAGGCGGGCUUUUACUUUCAAGUUUCUCACUUUCAUCACUCAAUCGAAUCAACAAUGGAUGUACCCAAAGAUCAAAUGUCCACUCUGCUCGAUUGCGGCCUCUAUAAUUCUGCUCAGAUGCUCGGUUGUUUUCUUGUUUCUUCAUCUUCUGUGAAUAAUGACACCAGCCCCCAUCUCAAGGCAGAAAAUCUGGCUCUCCAUGGUGAUGCUUUGCUUCGAGAUAAGGAGUACCGAAGAGCUAUCCAUGUGUAUAAGCAAGCAUUACAAUAUCACAAGAUUGUUCCUAAAGUAAACGCAACGAUUAGAAGCUCAUUGUCCUCAUCAAACAGGUCUUCUUCUCCAAAUUCUUUCAAUGUAUCCGCAAUAAAUGAAAACGAGGUGAAGUUUAAAAUAGCAACUUGUCACUAUGCAAUAAACGAGAAUAGAGCCGCUCUCACCGAGAUGGAAGCUAUACCAACCAAAUCAAGAAACUUGCAGAUGAAUUUAUUAAUGGGAAAGCUUUAUCGAUGGUCUAAACAUAUUCGUCCCGCUGUUGCUUGUUACAAAGAGUGUCUGAGACAUUGCCCGUAUACUAUUGAGGCAAUCAUAUCCUUAGCUGAGUUAGGUGUUCAAGCAAAAGAUAUUUUUUCAUUGCUUCCACAGACGCCUAAUAGAAGUGGCAGGCCUCCUUUUGAUCAGUUUGAUUCCAGUCGUUGGCUGCAACGGUAUGUUGAGGCUCAAUGUUGCAUUGCAUCAAAUGAUUAUAAAGGUGGUCUAGAACUCUUCUCAGAACUUCUUCAGCGUUUUCCUAAUAAUGUGCACAUACUGCUUGAAAUGGCAAAGGUGGAAGCUAUUAUUGGAAAAAACGAUGAAGCCAUUACGAACUUUGAGAAGGUCCGAUCGAUUGAUCCUUAUGUGGUCACCUAUAUGGAUGAAUAUGCUAUGCUUUUAAAGCUAAAAUCUGAUCCACAAAAGCUAAACAAGUUAGUGCAUGAUUUGCUGACCAUCGAUCCUGCUAGGCCCGAAGUGUAUGUCGCUUUGUCGGUUUUGUGUGAACGGAAAGAUGAACGGGCCGCUCUAGCUAAUGCUGAAAAAAGCAUUAAAAUAGAUGAGAGACACAUAACCGGAUACAUAGUGAAGGGUAACUUGUUCCUAUCCAUGAAUCAACCAGAAGCAGCGGUGGUUGCCUUCAGGUCUGCUCAGGAGUUAAGAGCUGAUCUCCGUUCGUAUCAAGGAUUGGUUCGAUCUUAUCUGGCACUUUCAAAGACGAAAGAGGCUUUAUAUACUGCAAGAGAGGCAAUGAAGGCCAUGCCUCAAUCUGCAAAGGCUUUAAAACUUGUGGGAGACGUAUAUGCUAGUAGUUCUAGUGGCAGAGAAAAGGCCAAGAAAUUUUACGAGUCUGCCCUUAGGCUAGAACCUGGUUACCUUGGGGCUGCAUUAGCAUUGGCCGAGUUACAUGUGAUGGAAGGCAGAAACUACGAAGCUGUAACCCUGCUUGAACGGUACCUCAAAGAUUGGGCUGAUGACUCGCUUCAUGUGAAGCUGGCCCAGGUUUUUGCUGCUACGAAUAUGAUGCAAGAUUCGCUCUCACAUUAUCAGGCUGCUUUGAGGAUUAAUCCCCUCAACGAAGCAGCAAAGAAAGGGUUGGAACGAUUGGAGAAGCAAAUGAAGGGAGUUGACCCGGAUGCCCCUGAAGAAGAGGAGGAUAAUGAUGGUGAUGAUGCCGAUGGUGACCCUGAAGAUGCAGAGCUUUUAUAGUACAUCAAAGGUAUUAUUCAUCAUCUUUAGAUGAAUCUUUGGCACGGAAAUUAGUCAAAACCGUUCAACCGUUGAAUAUGAGUUUGUUCACGUAGAUCUUCGCUAAACCUAUCUUCAUAUGAAGUUUGACAGAUAGUCAACAAGAGUCUGAAUACGGGGUAUUUUGAAUUUGGUCAAAAUAUGUUUGUAAAAACUAGUGAGGUUGAACAACUGUAAGCUUGUAAAGUAAUUCUACUAGGUUGACAUUGAUUGAAAGGUCAAACUGAAACUUAUAAGGUUAUGCAUGUUCAUAGCCUUUGAUUGUUUGUCAUUUUAAUUAACAAUAAAUGUAGUUUGCAGUUAUGUGUUUUUAGUA